CAACGCCCUCGCAAGCAUGCUGGCCCCGCGUGUCGCCUGCUGCCUGCUGGCCCUGCUGGCGCUGUCCUCGGCCUGCUACAUCCAGAACUGCCCGCUAGGGGGCAAGCGCGCCGCGCGGGACCUCGACGUGCGCAAGUGCCUGCCCUGCGGCCCCGGGGGCAAGGGCCGCUGCUUCGGGCCCAGCAUCUGCUGCGGGGACGAGCUGGGCUGCUUCGUGGGCACGGCCGAGGCGCUGCGCUGCCAGGAGGAGUCUUUCCUGCCGUCCCCCUGCCAGUCGGGCCAGAAGCCGUGCGGGAGCGGGGGCCGCUGCGCCGCCGCCGGCAUCUGCUGCAGCCCGGACGGCUGCCGGAUGGAUCCCGCCUGCGACCCCGAAGCCGCCUUCUCACAGCGCUGAACCCCUGCCCUAGGCACCCUGAGAUGAUGCUAAUAAAGUCCCGUAUCUCCCCC